AUGCACUCCCAGACGUUGUUUGUGGCUGCCCUCGUGGCUGCCGCCGAGGCCCGCUUCGGCGCGGAACAGCGCCCUGUCGCCGCCAUCGCCGCCCUCACCAACCGCGGCAAGCCCGGUGAUGCCGGCACGCUCUCAGGCCAGGUGCCGGGCGUGUUGCUUGCGGGCGCCAACGCUUGUGCCAAGCUCACCCUGGCCGACACCAUCAUCACUACCCUGGGCAGCACGCCCGAUGUGGUUUCCGCCGCCGCCGCACUCGUGGCCGCCGAGAAGAACUUCAACCCUUUCGCGGUGUCGAUCCCUUCGCUGUGCUCCGACGUGACGCUCCCGGUCACCGAGGUCCUGCGCGGCAUUGUCCCGCUGAUCGACCCGGCUGUCGUCGGCAGCGACAUUGAGAACGCCAACUCGGCCUCGUCGCUGCUCAACCCCUUUGCUGCCGGCGGUCUCAGUGUCGCCGACGUUGUUGCCGCCAACGGCUUCACCAACUUUUCGACGCAGGCUGUCGAUGGCUCGACGGGUGCCGCUGCCGUGUCGGUCACCGCUGCGUUGGUCACUGCGGCCUCGACCGCCACAGCCUCGGCCGCUGCCACUACCCUGGUGACGUCCGUCGUUGCUGCUUCGGCUUCCUCAGUGGCCUCCGUCGGCGCCGCUGGUGCUGCUUCGUCCACGGGCGCUGCCGGUCCCGUUGUCAACGGCGUGCAGCAGUCGACCAUUGCCGGCCUCGACUUCGGCCUGUGCGUGCCCACAAUCAAGUUCGAGGCUGGUCUCGACGGCCGCAAGGCCACCGAGUUCACCUUCCAGGCCAUCGAUCCUCUUGUCAACAAGGGCCAGGAGGAGGCACUGAACCCCAACAUCAUCACGAAGCGCAUCUCGGACCAGCUGACCAACGUGUGCAACGCGAACCAGGCGGCCAAGGAUGCGGCCAAGGCGGCCGUGGCGCAGAUUUCGGCGCUGGGCACCAAGGACCAGUCGACGGCCGAUGCCUGGAACACGGCCCUGGGCUUCGCGGGCACCAACACCAACCCCGACAAUGCGCCCCAGCCUGGUCUGGUCGGCCACACCUAA